AUGGGCACGCUGCCGGCCGCUAUCGAGGACGCCGCCGCUGAGUUUGUAUGCCCGAUUACGUUGGAGCUGCCGAUUGAGCCGGUGACGGCAGAAGAUGGCGCAAUAUACGAGCGCGACGCCAUCGAGAAAUAUUUUCUAAUGCGCACCUCACAGGGCCUCGCACUGCGGUCGCCGCUUACUAACAAGCCGAUGGGUCAAGGCUUGCUUCCAGCGAUCCAAGAGGAGGCGGUCCGGGAGCAGGAGACGCACAAGGCUAAGGCUGGCGAUGUGCGCGCAAUGCUGACGCUGUUUUCCCAUUUCAAGGCGACGGCGAGCUCCAUCGGAGUCUGCUAA